AUGGAUGGCCAUUGCCCGGCAGGCAGCGAAGAAAAGGAUGGAACAUGUGAGUCAUGUGAGGCUGGUUCUGCUUCUUUGGAAGGGGGCACCUGUAAGAAGUGCCAAGCCGGAAGCUUCUCUCUUGCGGGCAGUGGGAACUGCACGAGAUGUUCUCCGGGGAGAGUUGCAGGCACACUUGGGGCUUCAGCAUGUGAGGAUUGCCCUGUUGGAAGAUAUGAAUUCCAGCAGCAGUUCUGCAAUGAGUGCCCGGCUGGCUUCUUUUCGUCUAUAGGAAAUUAUGGCUCCUGUACGAAGUGCCCGGCUGGCUUUAUUGCACCAAAUCCUGGAAGUAGCACCUGCAUCCCAUGUCCAGGAGGCGGCUUUUCCGAGGAAGCCAGUGCAAAAUGCAUUCCCUGUGCUGCCGGCAGUGUUUCUGGUGCAACCAGUGAGGUUUGCAAGGAAUGCGAUGCUGGUUUUUUUGCCAAAGAUUCCAUCACUUGUGAGCCGUGCCCGGGUGGAACAUAUUCGGGAAAUGCUAGCAACACAUGCCUGAGCUGCGCUGAGGGUCACGUAUCCAAUCCAAAGAGCGCUGCCUGCAGACGCUGCAACGGCUUGAUGCUACGAGCCUCUCCAGACGCCACGAAACAAUUCUGCCACGUUGCAGGCAUGGAUGUGGUGUUGGCAUUCAUCUCUUGGAGUACUUCCGCGUGCUUUUGCUUCCUCUUCUUGAUGGGCUGCUACAGUUCCAUUCCAAUUUCAGACGUGUCAGCACAGGGCCCCAAGCUGGUGCUCACCACAGCGGUUGCGCAUUGGGUUUUGGAGAGGUCAUGCCCAGAGGUGACCUUUGGUGGAACUGGAGUGCCUGACCUGGAGAGAAGCUGCUUUCGGGUGAAGGCUUUGAAUUCCCUGCAGUUGACGCUCGAUGGCCAGGAGACGACCAUGUCAUUAGAUACUUCGAUGGGAUUUAUGCAACUAAAGCCACUACAGGGCUUCUUUGUGACAGGUGUUGUGCUGGCUGGUCUUGUGCGGUGUCCUCUCAUUUGCUGGUGCAUGCUUCAGUUGGCUGCGGCCUGUGCAGCUGCCAUCCAGCUGAAGUGGCUCCUGACCCUGCUAGUGUGUAGUUUGGGCCUCUGCACUGGUGCGGUGGCAUUCGCCUUACGGCGCAGGUCCCGCACUGCGUUGGCCCAGCGGCGUCGCCAGUUCCUGAAGGAGUGGCCUUUGGCGUUGCAACGCUGCGGUCGAGGGCCUGAACGGUCCAUGUCAGCCGGGCAGCUUCAAGACUUCUUGCAGUUCUUUGAGACCUUCAUCAAGGAGCGUUCCAUGUACUAUGUAUGUUCCAACAUCGUCAAGCCGCUCACGGAGCUGCACAAGAUGUCUUUGGUUGAACUGGUUGGCCCUAGGCAGAUGGAGUGGUUCGUGAGCCACUACUGGGGGAUGUCCGUGCGGCAUUUCGGUGAGGCCAUCCGCAAACAUGCCAUAUCAAGCUCUUCUGAUUUUGAUUGGCGAGAAGUUGGAUAUUGGAUUUGUACCUUCAGCAACAACCAAUGGCAUGUAGAAGAAGAGCUGGGUGAUGGACACUGGCAAUCUUCUUCAUUUUAUCUUGCUUUGAGAAGUCCGGAGUGCAAGGGUACAGCCAUGAUCAUCGAUGAGCUUGUGCUGCCUCUCCAACGCAUUUGGUGCCUCUUUGAAGUCUACCACACCAUACGCCUCUCUGGCAGCGGCAGCUUCCAGGGCUUGUUGCUGUGUACCUCCACGGGUGUCUUGCAAGAGGGGAAGGCAGGAACCGACGUGGCCGUCGCAGUGGCCCAGCGGGCCGCGGAGCUGGACACGCGCUCCGCGUCCGCAACGGCGGAGGAGGAUCGGCAGAUGAUUCAUCGACUCAUCGAGCAGAUGCCAGGCGGCUUUGAAACGAUGAACACCUUUGUCCGCGAGACUAUUUGCCGUGCCUUGGAGGCGUCUCACCAGCACUACGAACAGACCUUCCUAGGCUUGGUCAACGAGUUAAGCUCGGCCUCAUCAGCAGCAUCUUUACCGACACUUCUGGUGAGCCAGAGGAAGACGAGGGAGGAGCUGAGCAAAGGCUCAGAUAGUCAGACGGUCAGCUAG